AUGGCCGGCGCACUCCCAAAUGCAAAGAGAAAUCUCCCCAAGAUCGGCGAUGAGGACCGCGAGUCCAUGUUUGGCCAAGUUUUUGGUGUGUCUGGACCCGUCGUAAUUGCGGAAAACAUGACCGGAUCGGCGAUGUAUGAGCUCGUCCGGGUGGGACACGACGAACUUGUUGGAGAGGUCAUUCGAAUCGAUGCGGACAAGGCGACGAUUCAGGUGUACGAGGAGACAUCUGGUGUCACUGUGGGUGACCCUGUGCUGCGCACCGGAAAGCCACUGAGUGUCGAACUUGGUCCUGGUCUAAUGUCGAACAUUGUUGAUGGUAUUCAGCGACCACUUCGCUCCAUUCAAGAACUAUCCAAAUCGAUCUAUAUUCCACGUGGGAUAAACACGGAAGCUCUUGAUCGGUCUCUUCAAUGGGACUUUGAUCCUAUUAAUUACAAAGUGGGAGAUCACAUAUCAGGAGGUGAUAUUUUUGGACGAGUAUACGAGAACUCUCUUGUAGACCAACACAAGAUUAUGCUUGGUCCUCGUGCGUUAGGCACAAUCACGCAUAUAGCUCCCAAAGGGAGCUAUGCAGUCGAUGACGUUGUUCUAGAAACUGAGUUUGAUGGAAAGACUACACGGCAUACUAUGAUGCAAGUGUGGCCUGUCCGUGCCCCCCGACCUGUAACGGAAAAGCACAUGGCUGAUUAUCCCUUGCUGACUGGUCAACGUAUUCUGGACGCUUUGUUCCCCUGCGUGCAAGGAGGAACGACUGCAAUUCCUGGCGCCUUUGGGUGUGGAAAGACUGUUAUUUCUCAAGCGCUUUCGAAAUAUUCCAACAGCGACAUUAUCAUCUAUGUCGGAUGUGGUGAACGAGGAAAUGAGAUGGCUGAAGUCUUAAUGGAUUUCCCAGAGCUGACGAUGGAGGUCGGCGAUCGCCAAGAGCCCAUUAUGAAGCGUACUGCGCUUGUUGCUAACACGUCGAACAUGCCUGUCGCAGCUCGGGAAGCGUCCAUUUAUACAGGCAUCACUCUUGCUGAGUACUUCAGAGAUCAAGGCUCUAAUGUCUCUAUGAUGGCCGACUCGACUUCACGUUGGGCUGAGGCACUGCGCGAGAUCUCAGGCCGUCUGGCCGAAAUGCCUGCGGACUCUGGUUACCCCGCAUACCUUGGCACUAAAUUGGCUGGAUUCUACGAGCGGGCGGGAAAAGUUACGUGUCUUGGAAAUCCUGUACGACAAGGGACGGUAUCUAUUGUCGGGGCUGUUUCCCCACCUGGUGGCGAUUUCUCCGAUCCUGUCACUUCGGCAACACUCGGUAUCGUGCAGGUCUUCUGGGGUCUGGACAAGAAACUCGCCCAAAGGAAACAUUUCCCCUCGGUAAACUGGAAUAUUUCUUACUCCAAGUACACGAAAGUUUUGGAAUCGCAUUACGAGACCACCGAACCAGGUUUCGUUGAGCUGCGUACGAAGACGAAAGAGAUCCUCCAGAAGGAAGAUGAUCUAGCGGAAAUCGUUCAGUUGGUUGGAAAGAGUGCACUCGGAGAAGCGGACAAAAUCACGUUGGAGGUCGCCCGUAUGCUCAAGGAUGACUUCCUGCAGCAGAAUGGAAUGAGCGAGUAUGACCGUUUCUGUCCAUUUUACAAGACAAGUGCCAUGUUACGUAACUUCGUCGCUUUCCACGACUCCGCACAGAAAGCCGUGUCGCAGGGCGACACUACAUUUGCGAAGAUCAGGGACUCGGCAAGUGACGUCAUGUUCAAGCUGUCGCAGAUGAAGUUCGAGUCUCCGUCACAAGGGAAGGAGCCCAUGAAGCAAAAGCUGGAUGCACUUUAUAACGAAAUCCAGGAAAAGUUCCGACAGCUGGUAGACCAACUCUCUCUCUCUACAAUAUCGUUUCUGGCUGAGUAUCCUCCUCAGAGCAUGUCUGCAGACGACGUGCACUUCAGCGGCCAUGUCAGCUACGAUUGCUUCCGCAGGGGCACAGCGGCUAUUAUAUGGAAGUGGAUGGUUGAGACCCCCCUGUCAUAUCAACUUGGCAUGUCUCAUUGGCUCGUAGGUUUGAUUUGCAACGCUAGCUCUUGUGUGAUGACGAUAGUCGCUGCGGAUUUGUGGGGCCAUAUAUAUGUAACUCUCCUUCCGGCGGGUAUCGCAUCCCUCUUGUCAAUUCCCAUGUCGACUCCCGUGAAGCUGCUACUCUUCAUCGUGUCACUCCUCUUUAGUGCGCAGGUGGCGUUCCCAAGACCUCCUACCAGAGAGCCAUAUGUUCGGGCGCUGAACGAUGAUGGUCCUCAACUAGCUUUCGGCUUCGCGGACAAUGCCGUAUCUGGAUUUCCGGACGAUGUUGCUCAGACUUUCCCCAACUAUUACCAAACGUUAUUGAACCAGACGAUUUAUCAGAUACUAGGCGAGAGUCCGCGAUACUCUCGUGUGUUCAAACUUGUCAGCUUGGCAGAAGAUAUUGUAUCUUUGCUCAAUGACUCCUCUGCCAAUGUCACAUUCUUCGCGCCUUCAAAUGCGGCGCUGUCACCGCCGAAGAUACUGACAUUUAUGGAAUAUCCAGGUUCCGUCGUCGAACUUGAAACCUCAAAUCAGCCGAUGCGUUCGCAAGAUUGUGAUACAGGUUGGCCGGACAAACAAAAUAAUGCGGAGAAGAGUAGUUCAUUCGCCGAGUCACCCCCCCACGGAGAUUGGCUCAGCGCUUUGGGAACUGCACAGGGGAUCGUUGACAACUCUUUUCCAGAUGAUCUUGCAGUCUCAAAGCCCAACAUCACAAGAAUUAUACGCGCCAUUUUGCUGUAUCAUAUUUUGCCAACCUUCGCAAAUAUCAGUGAUUUAACUCGUAAUUCUACGUAUGCGACGAACCUUACGUUAGGAGAUUCACUUGAUGGGGAAGCCAUGAGGAUUCGCGUGGGCCGUUCACUCCUCGCUCCCUUAUCAAUCAAUAUGUACGCAAGGGUAACGAAGAACAUCCUGGCUUCUAAUGGUAUAAUCCACGAGGUCGGUCACUUGCUCCUCCCACCUCCGUCCAUCUACGAGAUUCUGUUCCUUUUCCCAGAUGUUUUUUCCACCUUGACUUCGGCGUUUGGACGUACUGGGCUCAUCGACGAGGUGGACUACCGACACGAUCCUGACGAGGGAGCGCAAGGUGCUCGCUCGGUCACCUUGUUUGCACCGACAAAUCGGGCUUUCAAAAGGUUACCCGCGAGGCUUCGGCGGUUUCUCUUUUCCCCAUUUGGCCAAAAAGCUUUGGGAAAGCUGCUUAGGUACCACAUUGCCCCGGACUUUGUUCUACAUUCUGAUUGGCAACACAACGCGUCUGACGCCGAUUUCAACAAAGCUGAGGCUGGCGCGUUUGAGGAUAUGGAUAAUGCUUAUAUUCAUGCCGUUGAAACACAGUCGACCUACGACGCAUACUCAAUGAUGGAAGGAAACUUCAUUUCUGAGCCUUGCUCUUAUUCGUGUUUCGCGCUUAUGGGAGACGAGUGUCCACCGCAUUUCCGCAGUCUACCCUUAUCACAUACUCACUCACUUCUCGUUGAGCACGAGCGAUCGAAGUUUCGUGCACAGAACCCACAGGUUUUUGGAAACCAUAGUACAAUCACGGACCCGUUGACAUCCUUGGGGGCGCCUCAUGCUCCAAUCUACUCGCUGAAUGUAACUCUGCCCACACUCCUCACCAAUCACUCUAUCCAUGUCCGAGUCGCCCAGUUCGAGUACAAAAUUCCGUCGACGCACCCUUUCCCGUACAAAUCAAUUUAUUCCACGGUCGUCGCCGCCAAUGGGCGCAGAGUGAAGGUCGCCGAUGUGGUAGCGCGGAAUGGUGCAAUCCAUGUCAUCGAUCGGCUCCUGAAUCCGCUUCAACACGGACAUCCUCAUAAACACCUCAAUUGGCCCGGAGAGAUCGAAGGACAAGAUAGCCGCGAUGAGUGGGAAGGUUGGGAAGAAUGGCUUCCUCGAUGGGCUGGUGAAAACUGA